CAACCCUAAUUCCCAAUUUGAAAAUUUCACAAAAAUAAAUCGUGAGAGGGCUGCGAGUCUGCGUAGCAACUGAGUGGCGACUCCGGCAAGGGCGGCGAGGCAGCGGCCGACGGCGAGUGGGCCUGUUAUUGAUUUUGAUUCACUUCCUUCUCAAGUCGGUGACUGGAGACUUGCGCAUAGGAAACAUGACUAGCUAUUGGCGACGGAAAGAGCUACCCUUUCUCAUUCUAUACGCUGUUGCUUUCUACGCCAUCAUCAUUCGUCGCGCUGUCCAACUCUCUCGCGAUCAUUACAACCAGCUCCAUGGAAUGCGUCGCGGAUGGAUUGUUCAUCGACUCAAUGAUGCUUCUGAUGCACAAUGGAGAAACUUUCGGGGGAACUUACCAAUUCUCACUUUGGUUUUUGGAAUCUUUACUCUACUAGCUACUGUAUUUAGAACAUAUGGUCUAAAAGCAAAGGGGAUGUCCAUUAUCUGGCUUUUCAUAUCCUUAGCUUAUUUAGCAUAUCUCCAUGGAGUUUGCAUCUUAUAUGUUUUGUCAAUUGCCUCGGCUAAUUAUUUUCUAGUAAAGAUAUGUGGUAGGACAAAGUAUGCUUUUAUGUUGUGGAUAUAUAAUUUGGCAUUUCUUGUAUGUAACCGGGUUUAUGAUGGAUAUCCGUUCUCCAGUUUUGGGGAACAUUGGGCUUACUUGGACAACUAUCGUGGAACCUUUAGGUGGCAUAUCUGUUUUAAUUUUGUUGUCCUGAGAAUGCUAAGCUUUGGCUAUGACUACCACUGGGCAGAUAGAAGUAAUCGCUUUGAUGAAGAGAAGCACCUCCAGCGUUGUGAUAAUUGUUCAUCAGGAAGAACAUGCUAUCUGCUAUUACAGGAGAGAAGUCUCCAGGAUGACAAGUUCUCCAUUACUACCUACUUGUGUUAUUUGUUUUAUGCUCCUCUCUACAUUGCUGGUCCUAUCAUUAGCUUCAAUGCAUUUGCUUCCCAGUUGGAUACUCCACAGAAGACUUACCGAUUACAAGAUGUAGUUUGGUAUGGAUUUCGCUGGGUUUUUAGUUUGUUGCUUAUGGAAUUAAUGACACAUUUCUCUUACUUCAAUGCCUUUGCAGUUAGUGGCAUGUGGAGAUACUUAUCUCCAAUGGAUGUCUUCAUCAUUGGGUAUGGAGUAUUAAAUUUCAUGUGGCUCAAGUUUUUCCUGAUCUGGCGCUAUUUCCGGUUCUGGUCACUGGUUAAUGGUAUUGAGCCACCUGAGAAUAUGCCAAGGUGUAUAAAUAAUUGCUACAGUUUGGAAACUUUUUGGAAAAAUUGGCAUGCAUCCUUUAACAAAUGGCUCGUCAGAUACAUGUAUAUUCCUCUUGGGGGUUCUGGUAGGAAGUUGCUAAAUGUGUGGGUGGUCUUCACAUUUGUUGCUAUCUGGCAUGAUUUAGAGUGGAAGCUGCUUUCGUGGGCAUGGCUGACAUGCAUAUUCUUCAUACCAGAAAUGAUUGUAAAAUCAACAGCAAAUGCUUUCAAGGUGGAAAGUGCUUUUGGCGAGUUCUUCUACUAUGAACUCAAUGCUGUUGCUGGUGCUGUCACCAUCACUUGUCUUAUGGUGGCCAAUCUUGUUGGCUUUGUUAUAGGACCAUCAGGGAUUAACUGGCUAACAUCUGCGUUCCUUCAGAAAGAAGGACUGCCGGUUCUAUUUGGCAUGUUUGUAACAUUUUAUGUUGGUACUAAGCUUAUGUUACAUAUCUCUGACUCGAAGAAAAGGAGACAUGAAAAGUAGUUUACUGAAAGAUAUGUGCUGCAGUACAUGAUUGCAUAGUGCAGAGGCAGAUUGUGAAGAGCAUUGUUUCUCCAGGUCAGUCCCUCACGGUAGAAGAAAUUUGUUAACUUGGUGGAGGCCAGUGUAGCUCAGUUUUGUCUGUAGGUUCUGUGAACCCACCCGUAACAAACACUCUCUUCUGACGGAAGGUACAAUCUCGUUUCAAGACUCAUCACCACUACGCAUGUAUACCUUCUCGUUCUUAGGGAUAUUCUUUUUGUCUAUGGUUUUUGCUUUACCUCGUUAAGAGGUAGAUAGAUAAUUUUGGUUUGAUACACUGUCCGCAAGAACCUAUGGUUGUGCCAACAAGUUAGAGAUUCUGAAGUGCAAUAUCAUAAAAUGACUUUGCUCUGAUCAACUUGUGCCAACAAGUUAAAGAUUCUGGAGUGCAAUAUCUAUCAUAAAAUAGCAUUGUUUUGAUCAACUUAAAUAUAAUGUUUAGUGAAUAUGUUAAACCUUAAAUUCUGAAGAAGUAUAAUCAAGGUGUCCUAAA